GUGUUGCGUAUGCAUGUAUAUAUAAACCGAUGGUGCAAAAUAUAUGGAUUAUCGGGUUGCUGUGAGUCUUCCGGGCUCUAUAUUAAGGAUUAUACUUAGGUGUAUGUAUGUGUGUGUGUGUGUGUGUGUGUGUGUGUAUAUAUAUGAAUGAUGUGUAUGUCAAAUGGUUAUGUGUGUAUUUUUCCCUGACAAUGGCAGAGAACAUAGUAGCUUGAUCUCAUGACAUCCUGCUUUUAAGAAUCCUGGCUUAAAACACAUCCCAACACAGUCUUCAUCCUUCAACCCUACCUCACCCCGUUACUUCCUUUUCUUGCCUAUUGAUCCAGGUUGGUAUAGCUGUGUGCCUGUCAUAGAAAACUUCAGUGGUGUUCGCUAAAGAUAGAUUGAAUUCUAUAUGAGAUUUCAGGAAAAUUGAGUUAUUUCUUCCAAGAGAUUUGUUUGAUAUCUCUGAAUCCUAUCCUAACCAUAGAUUCCCAGCAACCAUCCACAAAAUAUACCCUUCGUGAUUUUGCAGUAUCUUCGCCUGGCUUUUUAGAUCCUUGUUAUCUUCUGUUCUCAUCCUUUCUUCCUAGACACCCUUUUCCAUUUGUCCAUCAGGGUGGGGUUGGAAACUGAACCCCCCUCCAGUCUCUCCUUCAUUACUCCACCCUUUUUGUGGGUUUCCCAUGGCAGUGAAUUGGGGGUAGUGUGUUUUUGUUCCUGCCUCUCAUUUUAGGCCUCUCUGCCUAUGUAAACAGUUGCCAUUCCGGCUGGUGCGGGUGUGCUUCCCCCUCCUUUCCUCUGUAUCCAGCACAGCACAAUUACCGGGGCAGCCAUAUUGAGAUGAUGAGCUGACAGUCCUCCUCGGCUUCGCCAGGGACGGGGCCGAAGGAUGAGAACGAAUGAUUUGGAAUUGGUUGUUUGGUGCAGUUGCUUGCUGAAAUUCAGGAAGGUAACCCUAGAAGAGGGAGGAAACCACUGUGGAAGUCUCUGGUACCUAGUUUCUGGAGUACGCACAAGAAGCUGCCAAAAUGUCAGGCGCUUCUGUCAAGGUGGCCGUCCGGGUUCGACCCUUCAACUCCCGAGAAACCGGCAAGGAGUCCAAAUGCAUCAUCCAAAUGCAAGGCAACUCAACCAGUAUUCUCAACCCAAAGAACCCUAAGGAACCACCAAAAUCCUUCAGCUUCGACUACUCCUAUUGGUCCCAUACCUCGUCUGAUGACCCUUGCUUUGCAUCCCAGAGCCAAGUGUACAAUGAUAUUGGGAAGGAGAUGUUGCAGCAUGCCUUUGAGGGCUACAAUGUGUGUAUCUUUGCUUACGGCCAAACUGGAGCUGGGAAAUCCUAUACUAUGAUGGGGAAGCAGGAGGAGAACCAGGCCGGCAUCAUCCCACAGCUCUGCGAGGAGCUGUUUGAGAAGAUCAAUGACAACAGCAACGCGGAAAUGUCUUACUCAGUGGAGGUCAGUUAUAUGGAAAUCUACUGCGAGCGAGUCCGAGAUUUGCUGAAUCCGAAGAACAAGGGGAACUUGCGUGUCCGAGAGCACCCUCUCCUCGGACCCUAUGUGGAGGAUCUCUCUAAACUCGCUGUCACUUCUUACACUGACAUUGCGGAUCUCAUGGACGCCGGGAACAAGGCGAGGACGGUGGCGGCGACCAACAUGAACGAAACCAGCAGCCGUUCUCAUGCUGUGUUCACGAUUGUGUUCACGCAAAAGAAACACGAUCCCGAAACCGACCUUUCCACUGAGAAGGUGAGCAAGAUCAGCCUUGUGGAUCUGGCAGGGAGCGAAAGGGCCGACUCGACUGGUGCCAAAGGGACCCGAUUGAAGGAAGGAGCAAAUAUCAACAAGUCCCUCACCACCCUGGGAAAAGUCAUUUCCGCCUUGGCAGAAGUGGAUAAUUGCACCAGCAAGAGUAAGAAGAAAAAGAAGACUGACUUUAUUCCAUACAGGGAUUCUGUACUGACCUGGCUGCUUCGGGAAAACCUAGGUGGCAAUUCAAGGACUGCAAUGGUGGCUGCUCUGAGUCCAGCGGACAUAAACUAUGAUGAAACUUUAAGCACUUUAAGAUAUGCCGACCGGGCAAAGCAGAUCAAAUGCAAUGCUGUUAUCAAUGAGGAUCCCAAUGCCAAAUUAGUGCGGGAGCUGAAGGAGGAAGUCACCCGACUCAAGGACCUACUCCGCGCUCAAGGGCUUGGCGAUAUUAUUGACAUUGACCCCUUCGAAGAUUUCCCUGGAAGUGGAGGCAAAUAUCUGAAAGAUUUCCAGAACAAUAAGCACAGAUACUUGCUAGCCUCCGAGAAUCAACGUCCUGGCCAUUUUUCCACAGCAUCCAUGGGCUCCCUCACCACGUCCCCAUCUUCCUGCUCUCUCAAUAGUCAGGUGGGCUUGACGUCUGUCUCCAGUAUCCAAGAACGGAUCAUGUCCACUCCCGGAGGAGAGGAAGCCAUCGAACGCUUGAAGGAAUCUGAGAAAAUCAUUGCGGAGCUGAAUGAGACAUGGGAGGAGAAACUGCGCAAGACGGAGGCCAUUAGGAUGGAGAGAGAAGCCUUGCUGGCCGAGAUGGGAGUUGCCAUACGAGAAGAUGGAGGAACGCUAGGCGUCUUCUCACCUAAAAAGACCCCUCAUCUUGUAAACCUCAAUGAAGACCCCCUCAUGUCGGAGUGCCUCCUUUACUACAUCAAAGAUGGUAUAACCAGGGUAGGCCAGGCUGAUGCAGAACGGCGUCAAGACAUCGUGCUGAGUGGGGCCCACAUUAAGGAAGAGCACUGCAUAUUCCGGAGCGAGAGGAACAAUAAUGGCAAUGUUAUCGUUACGCUGGAGCCGUGCGAACGAUCAGAAACCUACGUCAAUGGCAAGAGGGUGGUGCAGCCAGUUCAGCUACGCUCAGGAAAUCGUAUUAUUAUGGGCAAAAACCACGUCUUCCGUUUCAACCACCCUGAACAAGCUCGGGCCGAAAGGGAGAAGACUCCGUCUGCGGAGACUCCGUCGGAGCCAGUGGACUGGACUUUUGCCCAGAGGGAAUUACUGGAGAAACAAGGGAUUGACAUGAAGCAAGAAAUGGAAAAACGACUUCAAGAAAUGGAGAUUCUGUACAAGAAGGAAAAAGAAGAAGCAGAUCUCUUACUGGAGCAACAGAGACUGGAUUACGAGAGUAAGCUCCAGGCCUUGCAGAAGCAGGUGGAGACUCGGUCUUUGGCUGCUGAGACCACAGAGGAAGAGGAGGAGGAAGAAGAGGAAGAGGUACCCUGGACUCAGCACGAGUACGAACUUGCCCAAUGGGCUUUCCGGAAAUGGAAGUUUCACCAGUUCACCUCCUUACGGGAUCAACUGUGGGGCAAUGCGGUCUACCUGAAGGAAGGCAACGCCAUCAGCGUAGAGCUGAAAAAGAAGGUCCAGUUCCAGUUUGUCCUGCUGACGGACACACUCUACUCCCCGUUGCCUCCGGAGCUCCUGCCGCCCGAGACAGAGAAGACUCGAAAUGACCGCCGGCCCUUCCCUCGGACAGUUGUAGCCGUGGAAGUCCAGGACCUGAAGAAUGGAGCCACUCAUUACUGGUCUCUGGAGAAGCUCAAACAGCGGUUGGAGUUGAUGCGGGAGAUGUAUGACCGAGCCGGAGAAAUGGCCUCCAGCGCCUCCGAGGAUGGCGAGAGCACCAUGACGGGCAGCGACCCCUUCUACGACCGUUUCCACUGGUUCAAGCUAGUUGGGAGCUCCCCCAUUUUCCACGGCUGCGUCAACGAGCGCCUGGCGGACCGCACGCCGUCCCCCACCUUCUCCACGGCCGACUCCGACAUCACCGAACUGGCCGACGAGCAGCAGGACGAGAUGGAGGACUUUGACGACGAGGCCUUUGUGGACGACACGGGCUCUGACGCUGGGACCGAGGAGGGGUCGGACCUCUUCAACGAUGGGCACGACCCGUUUUACGACCGGUCCCCUUGGUUCAUUUUAGUGGGAAGGGCCUUUGUGUACUUGAGCAACCUCCUUUAUCCCGUGCCACUCAUCCAUCGAGUGGCCGUGGUCAGCGAGAAAGGAGAAGUGCGUGGAUUUCUCCGUGUCGCCGUCCAAGCCAUUGCCGCUGACGAGGAAGCCCCUGACUAUGGAUCUGGCGUCCGGCAGUCUGGAACGGCCAAGAUCUCUUUCGAUAACGAGUAUUUUAAUAAGAGUAACUUCUCCUCCGUUGCGAUGACCCAUUCUGGAUUGUCAUUGGAGGAACUGAGAAUCGUGGAAGGACAGGGGCAGAGCUCGGAAGUCAUCACGCCUCCUGAAGAAAUCAAUCCAAUGACUGACUUGGACCUCAAGUCUGGCACCUUGAUGGAUGGCAAGACAGCCCUGGAAGGCUUCACCGAAGAGGUUGGAGACCACCUGAAGCUGGGCAGCGUCUUCACAUUCCGUGUGACUGUGCUCCAAGCCAGUGGGAUCCUUCCGGAAUAUGCAGACAUCUUCUGCCAGUUCAACUUUCUGCAUAGACAUGAUGAAGCAUUCUCUACGGAACCCCUCAAAAACAACGGCCGUGGGACACCUCUGGGUUUCUAUCAUGUCCAGAAUAUUUCUGUGGAAGUGACAGAAUCGUUCGUGGAAUACAUUAAGACAAAGCCUAUAGUGUUUGAAGUCUUUGGGCACUAUCAGCAACAUCCGCUCCAUCUUCAAGGACAGGAUCUCAACAGCCCUCCGCAGCCUUCUCGGCGAUACUUCCCUCCUCCCAUGCCGCUCUCAAAGCCAGUUCCAGCGACCAAGCUGAACACGUUAAGCAAGCACAGCUUAGGGCAGAGCGUGACCAAAUACGACCUUCUGGUUUGGUUUGAGAUCAGUGAAUUGGAGCCAACUGGGGAAUACAUUCCGGCUAUAGUUGACCACACCAGUGGUUUGCCUUGCCAAGGAACGUUCCUGCUUCAUCAGGGAAUACAGCGCAGGAUCACCGUCACAAUUAUCCACGAGAAAGGAAACGAGCUGCACUGGAAAGAUGUGAGAGAGCUGGUGGUUGGGCGCAUCAGAAACAAAGCAGAAGUGGAUGAAGGCGCCGUGGAUGCCAUCUUGUCUCUGAAUAUCAUCUCUGCGAAAUACCUGAGGAUUUCACACAGCUCUAACAGGACGUUCUACCGCUUCGAGGCCGUCUGGGACAGCUCCCUCCACAACUCCCUUCUCCUGAACCGGGUGACCCCUUACGGCGAGAAGAUCUACAUGACCCUCUCGGCUUAUCUCGAGCUGGACCACUGCAUCCAGCCGGCGGUGAUCACCAAGGACAUCUGCAUGGUCUUCUACUCGCGAGACGCCAAGAUCUCGCCCCCUCGCUCCCUGCGCAGCCUCUUCGGCAGCGGUUACUCCAAAUCCCCAGAUUCCAACCGCAUAACUGGCAUCUAUGAGCUGAGCUUGUGCAAAAUGUCAGAUACGGGGAGCCCAGGGAUGCAGAGGCGAAGGAGAAAAGUCUUGGACACUUCCGUGGCCUACGUCCGGGGAGAGGAGAACCUGGCGGGCUGGAGGCCCCGAGGGGACAGCCUCAUUCUGGAGCACCAGUGGGAACUGGAAAAACUGGAGCUACUCCAUGAGGUCGAGAAGACUCGCCACUUCUUGCUGCUGCGCGAGAAGCUCGGGGACAGCCUCCCCAAGUCCUUGAGUGACUCACUGUCCCCGAGCCUCAGCAGCGGGACCCUCAGCACCUCCACCAGCAUCUCCUCCCAGAUCUCCUCCACCACCUUUGAGAGCGCCAUCACGCCCAGUGAGAGCAGCGGCUACGACUCGACGGACAUCGAGAGCCUGGUGGAUCGAGAGAAAGAGUUGGCCACCAAGUGCCUGCAGCUUCUUACUCACACGUUCAACCGUGACUAUAACCAGGUCUACAACAGCAUCAGUGAUUGUAAGCUCUCUGAUAUCUCUCCCAUCGGGAGGGACCCAUCGGUGUCCAGUUUCAGCAGCGCCACCCUCACGCCCUCCUCGACCUGCCCCUCGUUGGCGGAUUCCAGGUGCAACUCUGUGGAUCAGAAGACCCCUGAAGCAAAUUCCCGCACUUCUAGUCCUGGUCCGGAAGGAGAGCCGUUCCAGUUGAUGCCACCGGUUGAAGCCUCUUAUUUGGCCAGGGCCGGCAAAAACGAGUUCCUGAACCUGGUUCCUGACAUUGAGGAAAUCCGACCUGGCUCCGUGGUCUCCAAGAAAGGCUACUUGCACUUCAAGGAGCCCCUCUCUCCGUCGUGGGCCAAGCACUUUGUGGUGGUCCGCCGCCCCUACGUUUUCAUCUACAACAGUGACAAGGACCCCGUGGAAAGAGGGAUCAUCAACCUCUCCACCGCUCAGGUGGAGUACAGCGAGGACCAGCAGGCCAUGGUGAAGACACCCAACACCUUUGCCGUGUGUACCAGACACCGAGGAGUCCUCCUCCAAGCCAUCAAUGACAAAGACAUGAACGACUGGCUCUACGCCUUCAACCCGCUUCUCGCCGGCACGAUACGGUCCAAAUUGGCCCGAAGGCGCUCAGGACCGCUGAAGUACUGAGUCCACUUUUGGGGCUUUCCCUCUCUAUUUUCCUGCCCCUUCUAACACGCCAUCUGAUAUAGAUAAAAGUGUUACCUCUCA